CCCAGUGUUGUCACGGUCUCAGUCCUCUGCCUCAGAGAGUCUGCCGUGACGUAGAGAACAGCGUGUACUUUCCAAGGGAAUUAUACAAAUCGGACUGUACCAUUGAUCUGGAGGGAGGGCAGGCAGCCUCAGCGCAGGGGCACCAUGGUUGAAGAAGAGCAGUUUGUGAACAUUGAUCUCAAUGAUGACACUGUCUGCAGCAUCUGUAAGCUGGGCACAGAUAGUGAAACCUUGUCAUUCUGCCAUGUCUGCUUCGAGCUAAGCAUUGAGGGCAUUCCACGAUCAGACCUUUUACACACCAGAUCCUUACGAGGACACAAGGACUGUUUUGAGAAAUAUCAUCAAAUUGCCAAUCAGGAUUGCUCCAGGUCCAAACUUUCUAAAAGUCCUUACGAGGAAGUGAAAACUAAAUUGAGUAAAAAAAUUAGCUGGAUUGUACAGUAUGCACAGAAUAAAGAUUUGUAUGCAGAUUCUGAAUGUUCAAAAACUUCUCAACACACCUUUUAUAAAUCCAGACAUCAGGGUGACCGGAUGCUCCUUCCACAGUACGACUCGCAGGUCCCCCGGUAUUCAGCCAAGUGGCUUGAAUCAGGAGCUUGCGGCAUGUCAAAUUGUUCACAAGGAAUUUUGAGUAGGAACAAUUCCAGGGAUUUCAGUAUGAGUGUAUUACAAAAUGCCAGCUCACUGUGGCCGAGUGCAAACAAGACACAGAAUAGCGAAAAAUCCAUCCUCGAUUCUACUUCUGGUGUUCAAAGAAGAUAUCCUCAUUACAGCAAAGAAGAAUUGAGUUCGAUGAAUCAUGAAGAAUUGGAACGCUUAAAUGAAAAUCUCCUCCAGCAAGUCAAUGAAGUGUUCGAAGUCCUGACUAGCGUCGUACAAGAGAAAGACUCUUUGUCUUCAGAGCUUCACGUUCGUCAUGUUGCCAUCGAACAGCUGUUGAAAAACUGCUCGAAAUUGCCUUGCUUGCAAGUGGGACGGGCAUGACUGAAGGCAAAUAUUGCUAUUAACAACUGAAGCCUCUGUGUCCCUUUAACACCAGUCACAGUGAGACUCUGCAUAAGCCUGUGAUCAAAGAUGUCACACCUUCAUUCGCUCAAUCAUUUUUGUAAAAAAAAUAUUUUUUUUAUAUGAACAUGUUCUUACACUGAUAAAUGCAAUACUCUUUGUUUGGAUUCUUCUACAUUUCUACCUGCAGUGAAUGGGAUUUUUUCACACACUGCAUGAACUGAGCAAAAACAGUUAAAGAGAUUGCUUGAUUUUCAGAGUGGUUCAAAAACACAAUUUUUUGGUUUGUUUGUACCACAAAAUUAGACAUUGCACAUGACGACAGAAUUGUUUUUCCAUUUUUCUGUUAUGGAGUAUAUUUUUGCCAAAUGUGUUGGUGUCCGGCAUUAUCAAGUAAAAUCAGAAUCUAGGUUUACCAAAUAUAUAAGGCAAUCAAGCCAUCUGCGCUUUUUUUCUUUUCUUAUAAUGUUAAAUUGAAAAUAUUGGUUAGUAUUUAAACAAACCUUUACCCAUGUUCCCUGUGCCUAAUUAACAGAUAUUGAUAUUAAUUUGUCAUGCAAACAUUUGAAAUGUUGCAUAUUUCAAUUUGGUUUAUUGGUUUUAAUCUCUGCUCUUUGAGAAAACGGCAAUGGUUUGUAUAAAAAAAAAAAAAUACAUAGACAAACUACUUUGAUUUAACUACAAUGUAGUUUGUUGUUUUCCCCUCUAGAUACAAAAAAAAUAUAUGGGGCGUGAUUAUUUAAAAAGAGAAAAAAUUGAGUGAAUUUUUCAUUGUAUUGUUGGUAACUUUUUCUAUGUUUACAGUGUUACUUUUUUACUACUUUUUUUUUUACAAAGAAAACUAUUUUGGGUACUGAUUUAAUAAUGCUCUAUAAAAAUCUUCAGUCUUAUUUGCAUAUAUAAAAUAAUGUCUUUUUGACGUGGGGUGUUCACAUAUUUAGGUUUUUCUUCCUUUUUGUUAAGAUAAGUAAGCUGUACCUUGGGACUGAUUUUUGCUUGUUUUGAAUGAAAUGUAGCAUUUAAAGGUCAAAUGUUUUUUAGUUUUUAUAACUAUAUAUUUGUUACAUUAUUUUAAGUUUAAAUGCAUGGCACUGUCAGAAGGGUGUUCGAAUAUUUACCUAUCAUGGGUGCUCAUCUUAACAGAAUCCAAUUACCUUAGUAUACGAGUGAGGUUUCUUUUUUGGGGGGGGGGGGAAGAGAGGCUUGUUAAUUUGAUUACAUUGUUUCCAAUGUCCAUAACUUUGACAUACAGGCUGCUAGAAAGGCGCACAAUAAUAUUAUAUUGUCUACUGGUGCUUGUUUGAAGUCAUUAAGUUAUGAUAUGAUCAUCAUGAUACUUUACACCAAAGGGGAAAUAAGCUAUGAGCAGAGGACUAAAAUCCCUUUAAUCUUUAAACCAGCAAUUGGCUCAUGGAGAUGACUAAUAGUGUAAUGACAGCUGGGGAGCUGUGCAGCUUAGUCAGUCUGCUCUUAAACUACGUGUUGCUAUGCAAAAUCUACAACAUUGUGAAAAACUGUCAGAUGUAGUAUUAUGAUUUGUUUUGUAUUAUUUUGAUUUACAGCUGGGUCAUUUGUAUUCAUAUUUCAGGUAUUCAUUACGACAUGAGUUUUUUUUUUCUUUUUUUUUUCUUUCUUCUUUGCUUCAGAAUCUUUAUUUAUUGGGCUAAAAAAUGGGCCCACUCAGAACAGUGCACUGUUUGAUGGAUUCUGAUACACUGAGCCACAGUAAGCGUUUUAUUGGAGUGGGGAAAAAAACAUAUGACAUUCAUCACUUGCUACGUCGAACAAUCUAUUUGCGGUGGGAUUUAUUAUGGAGGAAAAUUAAUUAUUGUUGGGCAAAGAGAAAAGUGUAACGGCAAGUCUGCUCCUAAUGUAAAUUUGCCAUUAUCUCUUCCCCUAAUGGAUUAAUUUCAUACGAGUAUUAAACAUUUUAAAUACAGACUUCUAAAACAGUUUAAAGCAAUCACAUCCAUUUUUCAGUUACUUAAUCAAUGAGAUUUCCCUGUAUACCAUUUCAAGGUAGGGCAAUUUUUAAAGAGCUUUCUCUGUACUUUAGAGUAUUUAGAGGAACUGCAAUUGCAUUUGGUA